GCCUGUCUUGUCAAAUACCCACCGGCACUAAACUUUAUAAACUAUGAAAGAUCCUAAUUAGCCAAAUAUGGUGGGAUGCUCCUGCAUGACUUCUUGGUUUACCUCCUGCCGUUUAUAUUUUCCUGUGAGUUUUCAUGGAUUUAAAGCCUCAAGCCAUGUUUUACGGCAGUUGUUGUUUUGUGGUUUUUUUUGCUGUAGCAUAAGAGGAUAGAAUCUAUUCAAAGCUGUCUUGGCUAAGCCAGGAAAGAUAUCCAGCCUGCAUGGACAGGGCAACAUUUGCCUGUUCCACUGCCUUUUUUCGUGACUAUAGCAGUUCAUCUCAGGGUGCAUUCUGCCUCCCCGGAGGACACGUUGACUUUAUUGAAAAAGUAGAAUCAUUCACUUACUCAGACUUUUUCCGGGAUUAUUUGAUUCCCAACCAUCCGUGUAUUUUCUCAGCUAAAUUCACUGAAGACUGGGGCAGCAGGAGAAGUUGGGUCACUUGGGAUGGAAAGCCUAACUUUGAUUAUCUGCUGCAGAAGUUUGGAGAGGCUGUAGUACCUGUUGCCAACUGUGAUGUCAAGGAGUACAAUUCUAACCCAAAGGAGCAGCUCCCCUUCAAGGAGUAUAUCAAGUACUGGAAAGAGUACAUUAAAAAUGGCUACCGUUCAUCCCGAGGGUGUCUUUAUCUAAAGGACUGGCAUCUGAGCAGAGCUUUCCCGGAGCAAGAUGUUUAUACAACCCCUGUGUAUUUCUCAUCUGACUGGCUGAAUGAAUACUGGGAUGCUAUAGCUGUGGAUGAUUACCGGUUUGUCUACAUGGGACCUAAAGGUUCAUGGACUCCAUUCCAUGCUGAUGUCUUCCGUUCCUAUAGCUGGUCAGCCAAUAUAUGUGGGAGAAAAAAAUGGCUGUUGUACCCUGCAGGACAGGAGGAGUACCUGAAAGACCGCCACGGCAACUUGCCUUUUGAUGUGACUUCACCUGGCCUUCAGGACAGGAGUGUUUACCCUCGCUACAACCAAAGUCAACCCCCUGUUGAGAUUGUGCAGGAAGCAGGGGAGAUAGUCUUCAUCCCCAGCGGAUGGCAUCAUCAAGUUUACAAUCUGGAGGAUACCAUUUCCAUUAACCACAACUGGGUGAAUGGCUGCAAUGUGGCUAUAAUGUGGUGCUUCCUACAGGAUGAAUUAGCAGCUGUCCAGCGGGAAAUCAAUGAAUGGAAAGACCCUAUGGAUGAUUGGCACCUACAAUGCCAGUUGAUCAUGAAGUCUUGCACGGGUAUAGACUACAAGGAGUUCUAUAACUUCCUCAAAGUUAUUGCAGAGAACAGAAUUUCUGUCUUGGAAAAUGGCCUCGAUGAUGAAGCUUCAGCAAAAAACACACCGAAAGCUGCCAUUUCCACCUUGGGCAUGCUCCAUGCAGUGUUUGAUUUAAAGAGGACUGUGAAGGUGUUAACAUCAUUGAGUGCUAAUGAAGAUUUCAAGAAACUAGACCUGACGUCACUUUCUCCACCUCCGGAGGCAUUGCUCCACCACUUGAAAGCAGCAAUAGAUACAGCACUACUCUAACUUCCUAUUUAUUCCAUUCUUCGUAAAAUGAACCUUUUGCAAAAUGUUUGUAGAAGACUGACUUCUCCCUGUUUAAUAGCUCUUGCAGUUGAAGUAUAGAGAGCCUUAAUAUAGAGUGAGGAGAGAGUACAUUCAUAAGACAACUGAAUGCUUUUUAAGUUGACUCCACUUGCAUAUCUAGAGUAAUUGGGCAGGAAAAAAAAAAUUCUCAGAUAAAGGAUAAAUCCAAAUCAUGUUAAUAUUAUAUUUUGAACCCUGCUGGUGAAUAUGCUUGCAGGGAAGAGGGAACAGAAAUUCUCUGUGGAUCAAGCUUUAGGUCUGUCAGGACUAAACACUGAUGUUGCAGUGGUCUUACACUGAGUGAGGUUGCAGUGGUCUGCACCAUACUCCUACUACUGAGAGCACUGCGUACAGACGGCAGACCUACAUUGCGGAUUCCAACAGUUAAGCUCUGGUUUGGUCACAGCUAAAUUACUGUAAGACCUGUCCUGUUUCCAGGUACAGCUCCACUUUUCUUUUUUUAUGGGUUUGGGGUUUUUUUUAGGAGACCCCAGUUAGUUAGAUUCCAUUGAAGCCUGAAAUGGCUCAACAGUUGUACCUUGGCUGUGGAAGAGCUGACUGUACCCAGUGGCCUGUGAAAUGGUAUCUCUCUAAAGCUGAAAGUCUCAGGCAGGAUCAGCCUUCAUACUGCUCCAAUGGCCUGCAGGUUUAAAUUUAACAUAAUAAUCGGGAAGCUCAAGUCCUCGUUGCAGAUGAGUGCAGGCAACAAAUCUGCCAGUGAUAAUUUAAGCAUUCACUCCACCCAAGCUCUAAAGAAGGAACUUAAAUGUACUCUCACAUUUCUACAUGCUAUUUCAAGGCACAAUAUUUUAUCAAGCAGAGAUUUGAUUAAUCGGGGAAGUAGCAAGUAGCCUCGUGUUAUCUCCUAAAAAAGCCAUGUUGUUACCACACCAAAUAACACUACUGCAUGGUUACUUAGCACAAUUUGCAACCCUUGGGCUCAAGGAGUAUCUCUAGUGAAGCAUCCCUCUUGCUUUUACUGGCUGGUAAGAAAGCCUAGAAGCACAAAUGGCUGCACACUGUUACCUUAGUUGCCCCUUUAGGGCUCACUUGAAUUACUGCUCAAGAACUUCCUCAAUUUUCAACCAUAUGACUAUUAAGAGCAAUUAAUUGUAUGUUUAGUGCAAUAGUAGAAAUCUUUAGUAGGUUGAAAAAUCACAGUUUUCUAGAUAAUGCUGUAGAAUUUGUACGUGCAUGCAUUUUGCAUGUCCUGUUUUCUAGUAGAAGUUUUGCAUUUUGAAUAAGGAAGUGGUACCUGAAAAUAAAACCAAUACCCAGAGCAUGGAUAAAUGCAAUAUGGAAAAAACAAACUUUUUUUCCUUUUUUUAAACAGCUGUGACUACAUCUCAGUGAUUCAACCUUCUGGCAGGGUGUUUCUUUAGACUGGAAAACUGCCAGUAUUAAGCAGCUCUGAAAUUAAAAGUUCACAGCUGUUACUUAUGUCUGUUUACAUUCUCAAGGACAGGCAGCUGCAGCUGUCUGCCUUAGAUGAGUCAGGUGAGAGCUCAUAGAGAUGAGGAACAAUGGUUUAAAGCUGAUAAUCAGUGUAAUGGUUGGAAAGCAUGGUUUUGGUCUUGUAUCCCCCCAUCUCACUGCAUGCUGUGCAAGUGGUAUAGGCACCAACCCCUUUAAACACAGCAAUUUUAUCAAGGGCUUGCUUAGAUCAACAGUACUUUUCAUUUCACAUCCUGCGAACUGCUUGGAUUUGCUGUGUGAAACCAGCAAAAUACAAAUGAAGGUUUUACACCAAGAACCUAGUAUCUCAAAUUCCCUGGGGUCUGUUUAGACAUUGUACUAUCCGGCUGACUACAGCCUCAUUUGGAUGGAUGGCAUGAGUUUGCUGUAAUGCAAAAAUCCAGGCAGCAGUUCUCAGGGAAGUGGCAUCAUUUCUGCAGUUAAUUCCUCUUCCCCGUAGAAAGUAGUCAAGGAAGGAAGAAAAUAGGGUGAAUAAAGAGGCAUUCAAGUAAAGGAAGGUGGGUCUCAAUGACUUACUCUCUCUUUACUUGAGCUGUCCCUACACCAUAGCAUCUUCAGCUCCAAAGAGGUGUAAGAGCCCUCCUUCAUAAGGCCUGCUAAAACUUAGUGCAAGACAAUGGUGGAAAAAAAUGGUGAUUUAAUUGCAGGAAAUUAUGUUAAAAGUUUAAGCCAUGUCCUCACUGAUUCGGUAGGGAACAAAUUAUGCAUUCAGUCUGCUAGAAUUACAUUAGGAAACUAAUUUGUAGUUCAAAUUCUCCAUUCCCAUGAAUGAUCAAAGCAGUGAGGGGGCCAUGUAUUUUCUAAAGAUAAAGAGAGGAAAGCAAAUUCUCAAAUGCCUGAGAACAGCAACAAGAUCAAAAUAAGAAAUAUGUGAGCCUGGAGUCUUAAAAAUUAAACAGUUUUAUUUAAAUACAAAGUUACUGUGAAACAUACAUUAGGAUAUUAUCAUACCAAUAUAUUAACUAUUGUAAUCUAUGUACUAUUUAUUAAAGCAUAAUACUUGUGAUAAACAGGA